UGUAUACGUAUACCUCCGUGAUGUAUACCGAUAAAAUGUUCGAAGAGGUUUGGCAACACUCGCAGUCACUUUUGGCGCCAAAUUGGCACGUGGCAUAUGUUUUGUGGUUAGGUUAGUAAUACCACCGGCUUUGUGAAAAUGUGCUUUAAUUUUGUGGAAUUCUGAAGAAAGUUCAAAUGUUGUAUACAAGAUAAUUAAGUGAUGGCAAGCUACAACUCCAUAGCUAAUCGAAUAAUGCAAGCUGCUCAAGCAGCGGCUGCAACCCCAUCAAGGGAAGAAAGGUUUCCCGAGAGGUUUCCAAACAUAGUUCAGGCUACCAGGGAACAAUUUAGGCCGAAUGCAAGUGCAUCCACUUCCACUCCCACCAGGAGGGGUAGAAAGAAGAAGAAUUCUUAUUCAAAGAAAGUUCUUGUAAUACGAUUGAGUAGAGCAGACUUUCUUCCACCCUUAUAUGAGCAAAAGUAUUUAAAAAAGAAGGGUUUAGGCAAUUAUAACUACAAUAAUUACUAAUCUUUAUAGCAAAUUAUCAUACUAAAUAUUUUAUGUUAUAGGCUUACUAAACAAAAUGGUUGUUAUUAAACGGCACUGGGUGAUGGAGCAAAUUAAGGGGGCAAUUUUGAAACUAGUUGAUCCACAUGUGAAGAAUCUGUUACAGAUAUCUGAUUUCAGCAUUGCAACAAGCAACCGUCAAAAACUUUUGAAAAAAGUAGAUGAUAGGUUAGAGCCUCAGGACAUCGAAAAAUCAUUGGGAACUGGAAUGAUUGUUGUCAUACCUAAAAAAGAUCUUCCUUCAGAUUUACCUUUCAUAUGGACAGAUGACCCUGAAUAUAAUGACCAAAAGCAUGAAAUCCCCACUGUUUUCACAGAUUCUGACUUUGAAAAUGACAGUGUCACUAUGGUGUCAGAACCCAUACCUGGACCAAGUCAUCAGCCAACAACAACACAUACAAUUACGAGCCACGAGGCAGAAUUCCAUUUUGACGAUGAUUUUAAUGUGAUGGAUAGCUACGAUGACAAUCCACUGGAAAACAUGGAGGAGCCUCUAACUUCCGAAGAUCCAUUAUUAGUGGUAUUUCCAACCUUGGAUUCUGAAUCAGAUAUGUUUUGUCUCGACAUUUCGAGAGAUGACGUCGUGAUUGAAAUGUUCGCUUUGUACGACAAUGAAGCAGAAGAUAUCACUGGAAAACGUUUAUCAGUAAAAUUUAAGGGUGAAGUGGGAGUUGAUGGCGGUGGCCUGCUUAAUGAAGUCUUCACCAUUUUUUGGAAAAGAAUUUUUGAAAGCAACGAUUUUUUUUUGGGGACUGAUGUUGUAGUUCCUUACAUCAAGCUAUUCAAGUCAAGAGAGUUGAAGCCGAAACUUGUGACCCUAGGAAAAAUUUUAGGACACAUGCUUCUGUUGACUGGAAAAAUUCCACCAUCACUAUGUUUGUACACUUUGACUGCCCUGUCGAAUAAAACGGAUGAUUAUGUACACAACGAAAAUGCACUUCUUAACGAUUUCUUCUUGUUUCUUACUCUGCCAGAAAGAAAUUUGGCAAGAGGGGCAUUAAAAGAUUUUGAAAAAUUAACGACCAAUGAUAAAAAUCGACUGAUGACCUUGUACACGACAUAUGGUCUUCUGAACGUCAGUCCAAAUAAAAAGGACAUCAAAGAACACAUGCUGUUAUUGGCUGAAAAUACAAUUAUUAAAAAUACAUCUGAUCUUUAUAAAAAAAUGAAGGAAGGACUGCCCAAGAGCAUUGAAGAAUAUUUAAGUAACAUUCCUUUUGAAGACACAGUUCUUUAUUGGAAAAGUCUCCAAGCAAACCCUAAAAAGGUUGUUAAUGUCCUGAGUAUGGUACCUGACACUCCCACCAAUGAACAGGAUCAAGUAUUCUAUUUCUUACAGAAUUACCUGCUGGGGUUGAAUAUGAAAGCCCUUCAAAAAUUUUUAUUGUUUGUAACAGGGUCAGUACAGCUGCCUGAUAAAAUUUUAAUUGAUUUUAAUACUCACAUAGGUAUUGAAAGAAGACCCAUUGUCGCCACUUGUGCACAAAUGUUAACAUUGAGUUCUUUAUAUGAGACACAAUAUGAUUUUAAUCAAGAACUUGAUGCGUACCUGUUAUCAGAGGACUGCUUUACCUAUGAUACGUACUAAUUGAAAAAAAAAGGAUGUACCCUUAGUAGGGGUAAUAUUUGAAAAUUUAAAAAAAUUAAAGUAAUGCCUCUCCUGAUUUUUGAAGAGGAUUAAUUUAAUACAUGCUAAAUUUAUUAAUCUUUACUCUCAAGGUCGCUAUUAAAUUCCAAAAAACAGACAGAUUUUGGUCUCACUCUUUUAGGAUUUAUUUUUCAUUUUAG